AUGGCGCCAGAAAACCAGAAGAAGGAUCCCAGAGCCUGGGAUGCUCUGACUCCUCCCCUGGCAGAAUGGAUCUUAGACGCUAUCGCCUCAAUGGGGUUUGGGAGAAUGACUCCAGUCCAAGCCUCCACGAUUCCGCUGUUUUUGGGGAAUAAAGAUGUAGUUGUCGAGGCUGUUACAGGUAGCGGAAAGACUCUGGCUUUUCUCAUCCCCGUCGUCGAGAAGCUGUUACGGUUAGAAGAACCAAUUAAGAAACACCAUGUCGGCGCAAUCAUCAUAUCCCCCACUCGAGAGCUCGCAACCCAAAUAUACUCCGUCCUCACUUCUCUACUUGCUUUUCACGAACCAUCUGCGGCUGCGUUAAACCCACAGGGGGAGGGUGAGAAGAGGCGCCCAACCAACACCCUUACCGUGCUCCCACAGCUUCUUCUGGGCGGGACGACUACGCCGGCGCAAGAUGUCAGUAGUUUUCUUCAAAACAGUCCAAACCUUCUCGUCUCUACGCCUGGGAGACUCCUGGAGCUCCUCUCGUCCCAACAUGUGCAUUGCCCUCAAUCGUCCUUUGAAGUACUCGUCCUGGACGAAGCAGACCGACUUCUAGAUUUGGGGUUUAAGGAUGAUUUGCAGAAGAUACUCCAGCGCUUACCAAAACAAAGGCGGACUGGGCUGUUCAGUGCAAGUGUCAGCGAGGCCGUAGGGGAGAUUGUCCGGGUCGGAUUGAGAAACCCAGUCAAGAUUGCUGUGAAGGUCAAAAGCGCGGCCGGAGAGGAUAAACGCACUCCAGCAAGUCUUCAGAUGUCAUACUUGUUGACACCUGCCAGUCACAAAUUUCCUGCUCUACUCUCUCUCUUAUCGCAAUUAGAGCCCACACCCCAGAAGACCAUAGUAUACCUGUCGACUUGUGCGGCAGUCGAUUACUUCCAACAUAUCCUCGCGGCAUUAUUACCCAAACAGUUCACUUUGCUACCACUUCACGGAAAGCAUCCACCGAAUGUCAGGCAAAAGAACUUCUCGAAAUAUAUCACGACAGUUACGCCAACGAUCUUAUUGACCACGGAUGUGGCUGCACGAGGUCUUGAUAUCCCUCAGGUCGAUCUUGUCGUGCAAAUAGACCCUCCUUCAGAUCCUAAAGUGUUCAUCCACCGAUGUGGACGAGCAGGUAGAGCAGGACGAAAAGGUCUAAGCGUUAUUUUCUUACAGCCGGGCCGAGAAGAGGACUACAUCCCUUUCCUUGAGAUCCGCAAAACACCAAUUACGCCUUUGAAAAAACCAGUGAUCACUGUCACCAACGAGGAUGCGAUGUUAGUGACAUCAAAGAUACGAAAAGAAGUCCUAGCCGAUCGAGCACUCUACGACAAAGGACAACGGGGCUUCGUAAGCUGGGUGAAAGCAUACUCAAAGCAUCAAGCAAGCAGUAUCUUCCGUGUUGCAGAUCUUGAUUGGACAGAUUUAGGAAAUUCCUGGGGCCUCGUACAUUUACCCAAGAUGCCAGAGCUGAAGAAAUGGGAUGGUGACAGAACACUGGGAGUUAAAAUAGACAUGUCAGAAUAUGCUUACAAAGACAAAGCGCGAGAGAAGGCAAGACGGGCAGCGAUGGAGGAAGCGAAGAAUGCCCAGCCUUAUGUACCAAGCGAAGAGGUGCUGAGGAAGAAGAAAGAGAGGGAGGCAUGGAGUCAUAAGCACGAGCAGGAGAAUAUUAAGGAGGCAAGAAAGGAAAAGAGGAAGAGGAAGAGGGAGGCGGAACGUUUAGAGAAGAUGACGGAGGAGGAGAGGGCAAAGGAGAGAGAAUUACAGGAGUUGAUUGAGCAAGUCAAGCGCAGGAAGCUGGAAGAAGAGGCCGAAGAGGAGUUUCAAGGGUUUGAUGAUUAA